AUGGGUGACAACGAUGAAGACAAAGAACUGAAGCAGAAAUUAAACUUUUCCUCUUGUGAGGAAGAGCAUGAGAACGAAGGGCAAAAGGAAACACAAGAGAGCAAGGAGCCCCAGAGCCAAACCCCAGAGAAGCCUGGAGCUCAGGAUUCAGGAUCUGUUCAGGCGGCAGAGCUUACACCUGUCAGAACUCCCCUUAGUGACGUACGUGACCUCAACACAUUUCAGGAAAAAGGCCAAGCGAGUCCAGGUCAGGGUCUGAGAACUCCAGUGUCACACUCUCUCACACGUCCUGAAACCCCAGCCCCGCCAGACAAGGGCAAGCCGCCACGCUGCGAGAGCCCCUUCACUCCCAAAGGCCAGGUGAGCCAGUCGGGGAUCUCUUCAACAGGGAAGCUCCCCUCCCGAAGCUCUAAGCAUCUGAAGCUCACACCUGGUCCCUUCACCGAUGCGAUGACCUCACUGGCUCUGGUCAAUAUUAAUCCCUUCACUCCGGAGUCCUAUAGGAAACAAUUCCUUAAAUCCAAUGGCAAGCGGAAAACCCGAGGCGACCUUGAGGAAGCUGGUCCAGGAGAAGGCAAGGUAGAACAAGGGCUGCCUGCCAAGAGAUGUGUUCUACGAGAAACCAACAUGGCUUCCCGCUAUGAAAAAGAAUUCUUGGAGGUGGAAAAAAUCGGGGUUGGAGAAUUUGGUACUGUCUACAAGUGCAUUAAGAGGCUGGAUGGAUGUGUUUAUGCAAUAAAACGCUCCACGAAACCUUUGGUAGGAUCAUCAGAUGAGAAUUUGGCUAUGCAUGAAGUUUAUGCUCAUGCGGUGCUUGGGCAUCACCCCCAUGUGGUACGUUACUACUCUGCAUGGGCAGAAGAUGACCACAUGGUCAUUCAGAAUGAAUACUGUAAUGGUGGGAGCUUGCAAGCUGCUAUAUCUGAAAACGCAAAGUCUGGCAAUCAUUUCCAAGAGUGCAAACUCAAAGACAUCCUUCUACAGAUUUCCCUUGGGCUUAAGUACAUCCACAACUCUGGCAUGGCACACCUGGACAUCAAACCUAGUAACAUCUUCAUAUGUCAUAAGAUGCAAAGUGACUCUCCAGUAGUCCCAGAAGAGAUUGAAAAUGAAGCUGAUUGGUUUCUCUCUGCCAAUGUGAUGUAUAAAAUUGGUGACUUGGGUCAUGUGACAUCAAUAAGCAAGCCCAAAGUGGAAGAGGGAGAUAGUCGCUUCCUGGCUAAUGAGAUUUUGCAAGAGAAUUAUCAGCACCUUCCUAAAGCAGACAUAUUUGCCUUGGGAUUGACCAUUGCAGUGGCUGCGGGAGCAGAGUCAUUACCUACCAAUGGGGCUGCGUGGCAUCACAUCCGUGAGGGGAAUCUUCCAGACAUUCCUCAGGAGCUCUCCAAAGAAUUUCACCAACUACUCAAGAACAUGAUCCACCCCGAUCCAGCAGAGAGACCUUCUGCAGCAGCUCUGGCCAAAAGUCGAGUUCUCUGUCCCUCCCUGGGGAAAACAGAAGAGCUUCAGCAGCAGUUGAACUUGGAAAAGUUCAAGACAGCCACACUGGAAAGGGAACUGAAAGAAGCCCAGCAGGCCCAGUCCCCCAAGGAAUGCCACAGUGUCCCUGGGGUCUCUGGGACCCCCACGGGAUCAAGAAGCACCAAACGCCUGGUGGGAGGAAAGAGUGCCAAGUCUUCAAGUUUCACCUGGGGGCAGUCUUCCCCAUAA